AUGCAGGUCGAAGAUCGAGCGUCAGAAGAUUCUGACCGGCUCAAGUGGUCCCUCCUGGUCGUCCUUCUGUGCCUCGCCUGGGCAGAUGCCAAGCACAGGGAGUGCUUCACCGCGGAGGAACUGGGGAACGACCCGAUCCCGGUGCAGUUUCGGAACUGGGUCUCCUUGUUGGGACAGCAAGACUGCGUGCAGCUGGUCCCUUUCCUGCAGGAUGAGCAGGGCAGCCGCCCAUGGGCACGGAGGCACCACGGCCACAGCUGCCCCGGCCUGAAGGUCCAGGACAUGCAGAGCGGCGAACUGCACAAGCGCUCCAUCUCUCCCUGGACAUACUACAUCGAUGAAGAUGAAGACCGGUACCCCCGCCAGCUGGCCUUCGCCAGGUGCAGCUGCAAAGGCUGCAUCAAUAGCAAGGAUGGCCAGGAGACCACCGACCUCAACUCGGUGGAGGUCUUCCAGCGAACCACGGUCUUUCGCCGGAAGGCCUGCCCGCACAACGGCGGCAGCGUGGAGAAGUUCACCUUCGAGAAGGAUUACAUCAACGUGCCCGUGGCCUGCACCUGUGCCGUCCCGCAAUACAGCAGCUGA